ACUGUCAUGGCCAACUAUAAUCAAUGCAAGUGAUUUGCUGAAAAGUAAAGACGUUGAUGAGUUUUGUUGUGGUAACGGUUAUUGACUUCAGAUUACGAGUUAAAGACAGUUAAUUUACUCAUUCUGCAUUAUGACUGAGGAUGUACAAAGGCAUUCAGUGCACACUUUGGUGUUCCGUUCCCUGAAACGAAGCCAUGAUAUGUUUCUAUCAAAUCAUGGAUUUUUGGCACCUAUUGAUGAAAAGGCUGAAAAAGUGAAGAAAACUGUAAAAGCAAGAGAUUGUUAUGGUUUAGUAUUUGACCGUGUGAAGAGAAAUAAUACUCUGAAGUUGCACAGUGCAGAAAGAGACCUGAAUCUUCAGCAUGGAGCUAUACAAGAUGGUGUGAACUACACUAGUGAUGCCACAAUGGUUGCUGAAGGAGCCCUUGUUCCAGCUAGUGCUGUAUCUGGUACUGGUGUUGUACAUAUACCAGCUCCUGCAACUGGUAAUACUGUACAAAGCAUUAUACCCCGUCGAGCCCCUGCCAUGCCAAAGCCAAAGUGGCAUGCUCCAUGGAAGUUGUACCGUGUAAUAUCAGGCCAUUUAGGAUGGGUACGCUGUGUGGCAGUUGAACCCGGAAAUGAGUGGUUUGCUACUGGCUCAGCUGACAGAGUUAUCAAGAUCUGGGACUUGGCCAGUGGCCAUUUGAAGGUGUCAUUGACUGGACAUAUCAGCAGUGUUCGAGGGCUUGCUGUCAGUGCGAGACACCCUUAUCUCUUCAGCUGCGGGGAAGAUCGGCAGGUCAAGUGCUGGGAUCUGGAAUACAAUAAGGUGAUUCGUCACUAUCAUGGACAUCUUAGUGCUGUGUAUACACUGGCACUACAUCCAAACAUUGAUGUUCUGGUAACAGCUGGUAGGGAUGCAACAUGUCGUGUCUGGGAUAUGCGGACAAAGGCAAAUGUUCAUACACUGACAGGACACACAAACACAAUUGCUAGUGUUGUGUGUCAAGCUGCUGAGCCACAGAUUGUGACUGGGAGUCAUGACUGUACAAUUCGACUGUGGGAUCUGGCUGCAGGGAAGUCCAAGGCAACCCUAACAAAUCACAAGAAAAGUGUCAGAUCAUUAGUGUUUCAUCCAACACUUUACAUGUUUGCUUCGGCUUCUCCAGACAAUAUCAAACAGUGGAAAUGCCCAGAUGGGAAGUUCAUCCAGAAUUUACCAGGUCACAAUGCAAUUAUAAACUGUCUGGCUGUGAACCCUGAAGGUGUGUUGGUAUCGGGAGCAGAUAAUGGCACAUUGCAUUGCUGGGACUGGCGAACAGGAUACAAUUUCCAGAGGCUGCAAGCUCCAGUUCAGCCAGGUUCUAUGGACAGUGAGUCUGGUAUUUUCUCUAUGAUAUUUGACCAGAGUGGAAGUAGACUGCUUACAACGGAAGCAGAUAAAACAAUAAAAAUAUACAAAGAAGAUGAUACAGCUACGGAAGAGACACAUCCAAUUCACUGGCGGCCAGAGAUUCUCAAGAGAAGGAAGUACUGAGAAAUAAACUGGCAUCACAAAAUAUGGCUUCAAAUGACUUACAUUAUUCAUGUGCCAAUAUAAACAUUUUAUUAAUAAAUAAUUUGAAAUGCUU